AUGUUUUUCAAUACUUUGAAAAAAUUAUUACCAUCCGUUUUAUUAUUAUCUGCUAAUCCCUUAGCAACUUUAGCCUCGAAUCCUGCGUUAUCCGGCACCAUUCAAGAAGACUUUAAAUCAGAAUCCCCAUACUUCUCAAGAUUUGGUGCAGCUGGAAAUAUCGACUACUCUGAUGAUGGCUUAACCUUCACUUUAUCAAAACAAGGUGACAAUCCUGCUCUUGUCUCAAAUUUCCAUAUCAUGUUUGGUAAAGUUGAAGUCACAAUGAAAUCUGCUCCAGGUCAAGGUAUUGUCUCAACUGUUUACUUACAAAGUGAUGUCUUGGAUGAAAUUGAUUGGGAAUGGUUAGGUGGUGAUACUGGUGCUGCUGGUAGAACUGAAUCAAACUUCUUUCGUUUAGGCGAUAUCACAACUUAUGAUAGAUUCCAAUGGCAUCCUGUAGCUGACCCCACCAACACUUAUCACACUUAUACCUUUGAUUGGAAUAAAGAUGCCAUUACUUUUUCUAUCGAUGGUGCUAUUGUUAGAACAAUUCUUGCCGACAAUCCAUCUGGCUUCCCUCAAACCCCAAUGGCUGUUUACCUCGGUAUGUGGGCCGGCGGUGAUUCAACUAAUGAAAUUGGUACUAUUCAAUGGGCUGGUGGUUUAACUGACUAUACUCAAGGUCCUUUUGAAAUGCACAUCAAAAGCCUUUAUGUUGCUGAUUAUUCAACUGGUGAUUCUUACUCUUACUCUGAUAACAGUGGUACUUGGCAAUCAAUUGUAGCUGAAAAUGGUGAAAUUAAUGGUAGAAUUGAAGGAGCUAACUCCGGUGCCAUUUCUUCUCCAUCCAUCAAAUCCCCAGCAUCUAAAUCGUUAUCAUCUUCAGUUUCCUCUUCAGUUUCCUCUUCAGUUUCUUCUUUAGUUUCUUCUGAAAUUUCAUCGUCCGAAUCCUCUUCAUCUGAAGUUUCAUCAUCUGAAUCUUCUUCAUCCGAAGUUUCGUCAUCUGAAUCUUCUUCAGUUGCCCACUCAUCAUCUGCAGAUGUUGAAUCCUCUUCUAGCUCUUUAGUUGUUUCUUCCUCAAUUGCUUCCAAAUCCUCAACUUCUUCAGUUAGGUUAAUUUCAACAUUAUCUUCUUCUAUUGUUUCUUACUCAAAUUCCACAUCAAGAGACAUUCCUAAUAUUUCUUUAAUUGAGAUUAACGGUGCUAUUUCCUCAUUUAAUAACAUUAAAUUGUUUUCUUCCGUUGCUUCUUUAAUAAUCUAUUCCUUUUUAUUUGGCUUUGGUAUAGUUUUGAUUUUAUAA